GCUAACGCUACCUGCCAAGGCGCGGCGCGCACUGCUGAGCGGGCGCAGCAGCAGCCGCGUCCCUCCAGACCCGGCAGCGCUCACCCGCUACCGAGCGGACCUUUCCCCGCUCCGCAGGGCACCGUGGGAAGGGAGCGCUGCGCUCCGCGGCCGCCUCCUGCCCCCUCCCCGGCCCGGGGAGCGGCGGGGCCGGCGGGAGCCGAGGCGGCGGUAGCCCCUGGCCCGCAGCCCCCGGCGGGGAGCCGGCCCCUUUCCGCGGGGGGCGGCAGCGCCGACCCUGCCGUGUGACAGCCGGGGGGGGACGCUGCUGCCUCGGCGAGCCCGGCUGCGGCUGCGGCGGCUGCAGCCAUGUGUUUCUCCGCCUGCCCGUGACACAAUAACACGGGAAGCGGCGCGGGGGGGGAUCCGAGCCUGCCGAGGGGAAAAGUGACCUGCCCCGCUCAGGCCGGCGGCGAUGGAGGAGGGCAUGAGCAGCAUGCAGCAGAAAGCGGCGGAGCUGGAGCACAUGGCCGAGGUCCUGCUCACCGGCGAGCAGCUCCGGCUCCGACUGCAUGAAGAAAAAGUCAUUAAAGAUCGGCGACACCACCUCAAGACGUACCCGAACUGCUUUGUUGCCAAAGAGCUGAUUGACUGGCUGAUUGACCAUAAGGAGGCCUCCGACCGAGAGACGGCAAUUAAACUGGUGCAGAAAUUACUGGAUCACAGCAUUAUCCACCAUGUCUGUGAUGAGCAUAAGGAAUUCAAGGAUGUCAAACUGUUCUAUCGCUUCCGAAAAGAUGACGGGACGUUUCCGCUGGACAAUGAAGUGAAGGUGUUCAUGAGAGGACAAAGACUGUAUGAAAAGCUGAUGAGUUCAGAAAAUACUCUUCUGCAAGCCAGGGAAGAGGAAGGAGUCAAGUACGAACGGACCUUCGUGGCAUCAGAGUUCAUUGACUGGCUGAUCCAGGAAGGAGAGGCCACGACACGGACUGAAGCAGAGCAGCUCGGCCGCAGACUUUUGGAGCAUGGGAUUAUACAGCAUGGUGAGAAUUUUUUGCCAGUGUCCAACAAGCACCAUUUUAUGGACAGCAACUUGCUCUACCAGUGCAGAAUGAAUUUCCGCCGCCGGCGGCGAUUAAUGGAGCUCCUCACUGAGAAAUCUCGCUUGAUGCCAGAAAGCCAUGACAGCCCGUUUUGCCUGCGCAAGCAGAACCAUGACAACAGAAAACACACCAGUUUUCUCUCAGUGAGUCCCACCAAGGAGAUAAAGAUUGUGUCAGCAGUACGGAGGAGCAGCAUGAGUAGCUGUGGCAGCAGUGGGUACUUCAGCAGUAGCCCAACACUCAGCAGCAGUCCCCCUGUGCUCUGCAACCCCAAAUCUGUAUUAAAGAGACCUGUGACUGCUGAUGAGCUCUUGAUGCCUGGAGCCCCAUAUGUCAGAAAAACUUUUACGAUCGUAGGCGACGCGGUGGGCUGGGGCUUUGUGGUGCGGGGCAGCAAGCCCUGCCACAUCCAGGCUGUGGACCCCAGCGGGCCGGCAGCUGCGGCUGGCAUGAAGGUUUGCCAAUUUGUCGUAUCUGUCAAUGGCCUCAAUGUUCUCCAUGUGGAUUACAGGACAGUGAGCAACCUCAUUCUGACUGGCCCUCGAACAAUUGUGAUGGAAGUCAUGGAAGAAAUAGAGUCCUGAGAAGGAAAAAACUCUUAGUGGACAUUUUUGUGAGAAGAAUGGAGUGGCAACCAUGGAGCAGCAUGACACAAGGAGGCAGAACAGUGCCAUGUCUAGGUGAUUUUGCUUUUAGGGGAGGGGGGCUCUGUUUCAUUUAACGAUAAUAGCACUGGUGAUUAUGCUAAGAAGUGAACAAUAGAUACCAGCAUAUUUUCACUUUUUUUUUUGCCUGAUGGAGACAAGGUUAAGGCCUUUAGGUUGUCUGUCCAGCCAUGUCUGCAUCGGUCAGAAUGGUUUCCUACCCAAAGAGGCCGUGCAGAUUUCAUCACAGUCCAUCACUGGAUCAAAGCACUUGAAGAGAUGAAAGAACCAAACACUGUGGGGUCAAGAUGACACAGAUAGUCUGCAUGACAUUUACAUUGGUAAACAUCAUCCUGGUGUCCAGCUUUGUCCCAGGAGCACGUGCUGUUGCAAUUUGUCUCUCCUUGGGCUGAGGGACAGCUGACUAAAUGCUGGCUUGAUUGUAAUCAAACACAAACAAACUGCAAAUGCAUGAAAAAGGUGUCCAUUCUGUGCAGAGGAUACUCUGGUAUGAAUGUUUGGGCCUACUGAAUACACAGAUUAGUCUAGAAAGAAAAAUCAUGCAAAUGGAAAAGUGUGUGGUACUUUUACAAAAUCUGCCUUUGAAAAUUGGACUUUUUGUUUAGAUGCCUACGCACUGGUUUAGAUGCUCAUGUAUAAUAUGUUGACUUUGGUUUAUUUCCUUAUCUGUUAAUGAAAAGUAUCUCAGCCUUGCUGUUUGUCACUUUGGAGAAAUUUUGGGCACCUUUAUUCCUAGGAGAAGCAGAGUAUUUGGCAGGUUGAAGUGGGAAGUUCACAGGGUUGGUGUUAGCAAUGAUACAUCCAGAUGCUCCAAAUACAUCCAGAGAAAGUACACUUCAAAUUGAAGCAAUGUACUUCAAUGUACAUUAAGCUUGUUAGCACUUCCGACCAUCUAAUGUUUUGCAAACUACAGACUUGCCAUGAGUUGCAUUUGACACUAUUACUAAUAAAUCAUUGUAUUUAACUGACUCUUAACUCUUUUCAAACAAUAGGUUUUCUUCAUCGGUGAAUUCAUGAAACAAAUCUGUUUUAAAGAUGUAUAUACAAAUUCCAUAUUCUGCAGUGUUAGGUGACUCCUCAGCUCAAUGGUAAAUGGACUGCAUGGGGUUUUUUUGAUCUUUGAACUGCAUAAAUGCAUCCUUGUACACGAAAUUACAAAUAUAGUGCAGACUUUCUCUGCUGUCUAAAUUUUACAAUUAAAGCUUGACUUUCUAUAUGAGCACACCACAAAUCAUUCAGUUGCAGGGCAGGGAAAGUAUUUUUUCCUCAAAUAAUUUUGAAAUAUGUUUUAUAUUAAAAAUUGUUCUCGCUAAAUACGUUGCUCCUGCAGUAUGUUUUUCACUCAACUUCUACAUCAGACAUACAGCAUGUCUUCAAAAUCAGAUCUGCCUGCAGCUUUGUAGGUAGAAGUCCAUGUGUUUCUUGUUUCUGAUAUAGUUUAGUUUAUCAGUGGCUGAUUUUUCACCAUGAAAACUUCUCAUAUUCCACUAAUAUGCAGCAGUGCAGAGAGGUAUAAAACUGCAACUGCUAACUUGCUACUAACCGGGCACAAAAGUGUUUGGAGGAUUCUUUCAAACUGCCAUUUCGUAUGACAGCUGUUUGUCCUGAUUGAUUGUACCACAAAAAACUUUGAUACAUACGUAUAAGCCAUAGCAGAUUAGAUUCUACAGUUCAUCUAAAAUAACUAGUUCAGCACAUAAUGUUAUAUGAGGUUGCAACAGCUGUUGAUGGUAUCCACUAGGAACAGUUGGGAAAAAUCCUGCUGUCCCAGAAAUGUGUCGGUAUGGUGCAAGUUUUUGAUUUUGUGAAUCCAGGAAUGAUUCCCCAAAUACUUUCGUUUUCCUUUCUUUUUCUGCCUGGGUUGUUUUGGUGGCUUGGUCAUUAUAUACUUAAUAACACUUUAAAAUAUAAAUUCUGCAUGUUAACCUAGGUUAAAUAUAAAAUGUGAAGUAUUUUCUUAGCAAAAUGCUAAUGAUUCUUUCUAACACCAUUGUGGGUUCUCUGUCUUACAUCUCUUGACUUAGUUAAUAUUCUGCUACAAGUUCUCUGUAGCUUACAGAUAAUUAAGAAUCUGGGUCAGAAUUUAGCUUAAUAAUGCAUUACAGUGUGCACUUUAGACUUGAGCAAAAAGAGUGGGAGUGGGGGCAGGGAGAAAUUUGUGCAUAUCAUUAUGUUACAGAUUGGAGAUGGCAUUUUCAUUUGUGAGAUACAUUAGUCUCUGUCACAAUUUGAGCACCAUUACUUGCCUGCUGUUUAAUGGGGAUUUCCAUAUUGUGUUCUCAACUUGAUUGGCAAUCCGGAGUUUAAUUGAUUCUUUCCCUCUUCAAUGUGACAAAGGUAUUCAGAUUAUCUCUGCAAUGAAAUCUUGUAUUUUGGAAAAAAGGAUGCAAAGUUAACAAUUGAGCUAUGAAAUGUAUCAUUUCCAAUUAAAUUGCAGUUUAUCUACACAUAGUGAUACAUACCCUCCGAGACAUAGCGCAGGAGUCAGUGUCAAACGCUUAUACACUUCAGAGGGCACACAAAUCCCUAUCUUUUCAAUGAAGUCAUUACUGCUGAUGCCAGGGUUUUUUUUUUUUCCUUUCUGGUUUCUUGCUUCAGUCCACACUGUGAUAUUCAUACAUCUCUUGAAAUGCCUCACUUCUGUGAAUAAUCUUACAUUUCCCCUGGUACUUGGCAGGGAGCAAGGUGCUCUAUUAUAUUCACAGUGUGGACUGAAGCAAGAAACCAGAAAGGAGAAAAACCCUGGCAUCAGGGGUAAUAACUUCAUUAAAAAGAGAGGCAUGUCUGUAAGACUUCCUCUCUUAUGUAAUCUCAUUUAGGGUUACUAUAGAUCUUGUGAGAUGCUCUAAUAAAUCUUUAUGCCUUAUUAACACAGAUUAGUGCCACUCCUCUGCACACAUGCAUUUGCAAAUCAUUUACAGAACAUCUUCAAACAAUAUAAUAAUUAAUUAAAUUCAGGUGGCAGUUAAGCUAAUUGGAGCAUUAAUUCAGUGCAAUAUUUCUCCUGGUUUUCCUCUGUUAUAUUUCCUACAAGAUACAUAAUUUGUAUUAUCUUUAUUAGUAUCAAAUACCAUAUGUAUACUAUUGAACACAACUGGUUCCACAGCUGGUCCCGUGGAGAGCAUUUCACUCAUGAAGUAAUGCAAUAACCCACUUCAGGUGUAUCAGAAUUUGAUUGUCUACAUUUUAGGUCCUAGUAGAAGCUGAAAAUAAAAUUGUCAGCAUCAAAAAGACAAAGUGGUGUCAUAACAGCAUCUGCAAUGCCAGCAGGUGUGACUUACUACCCUCUUCUAUGAGAUUAGGAAGAAGUUUGGGAGGAAAAAGUCAUGCAGCAGGAAUAUUUCUGUGGGUAUUUUCUUCCUUUUCUGGUUAUAUCCUCACUAAUGACUAUGUGUAUUGAGUAAUGACUACAUGUAUGGAGUGCUAUGGAUGUGUCAAACACUGUCAAACAAUUACUGGUUUAAUGGUCAGCAUGUCCCCUUAGCAUGGUCUAGACCUCUGAGAAAACUGCCCAAGUAUAGUUCAGAGAAAAAGGUGAGAUCAGAAUUUGGGCACAGGGUGCAGACUUUGCUGUGCCACUUGGCUGUAGGACCAGAGAAUGGUCCCUGUACCUAUCUGAUGUACUAACAUAGACAUAGCCAAAGAGAGUAGUCUCAGGAUUAAGAAGAAGGAGUGACCAACUUCUUUUUUCUUCUGCACUGACAGCUAUGAUGCAUGGAGGUUUCCCCAUGGAUGGAGACAGAAUGAUCAGAUUAUGGGCUAAUGCUUUAAUUCGAUAACACCAUGAAUUAAUACCAAGUUUUAAUGUUAGUUUUGCUAAAUACGAAUUAUUCUAAUUUCAGAGACAGGAAAAAAAAUGAGACAAUAUUGUUUGCCAAAAUGUUUGCCUAAUGCAAGACAGACUGAGAAGUCAAUUGUUGUAAUUACGAGUAUUUUCUUCCCAGUGUAUAAUUAGAACUACACCACUUGUAUGGCUGAAAAAGCAUGUGUAUGUCACAUGUAUAAGUAAAGCUAGACCACACCAGUCUUCAGAGUGAGAGAACUUCUAACCUUCUACAAUAGAACUGCCAUUAAAGGUUUCCAUUAAUCACGCUUCUUAAA